GUUAAAAGCUUGCACUGACGCAGACCUUCCACGCGAUGGCGCCUCGCUCUAAUCCGCGAGACGCGCGCGGUCACGUGACUCAGUGAACAUGGCGUCGGGGCAGCAGUGGGUGUUGGUAGAGAUGGUGCAAGCUUUUUACGAGGCUCCAGCAUAUCAUUUGAUUUUAGAAGGGAUCCUCAUUUUGUGGAUUAUCAGACUGCUGUUUUCUAAAACAUAUAAACUUCAGGAGAGAUCAGACCUCACAGAAAAGGAGAAAGAGGAGUUGAUUGAGGAGUGGCAGCCCGAGCCGCUGGUGCCCCUCGUAUCUAAAGACCAUCCUUCCCUCAACUAUGAUGUGGUCACGGGGCCUCCAAGCCACAAAAUCAUUGUAAAUGGGAAAGAGUGCGUUAACUUUGCCUCUUUUAACUUCCUGGGGCUGCUGGAGAGUGAGCGCGUAAAGCUGAAGGCGUUGUCGUCGCUAAAGAAAUACGGCGUGGGAACGUGUGGACCGAGAGGCUUCUAUGGGACCUUCGAUGUUCAUCUGGAGUUAGAGGAGCGAUUGGCCAAGUUCAUGAGAACAGAGGAGGCCAUUAUCUACUCGUAUGGCUUCGCCACCAUCGCCAGUGCUAUCCCAGCGUACUCCAAGAGAGGAGACAUCAUCUUUGUCGACGAGGCGGCGUGUUUCUCCAUUCAGAAAGGCCUGCAGGCUUCACGCAGCUUCAUCAAAUACUUCAAACACAACGAUAUGGAGGACCUGGAGCGCCUUCUGAAGGAGCAGGAGAUCGAAGAUCAGAAGAAUCCACGCAAGGCCAAAGUAAUCCGGCGGUUCAUUGUCAUUGAGGGACUCUAUAUCAACACUGCAGAUCUCUGUCCACUACCUGAACUGGUGAAACUGAAGUACAAAUAUAAAGUGCGAAUCUUCCUGGAGGAGAGCAUGUCUUUCGGAGUGCUUGGAGAACACGGAAGAGGAGUCACAGAGCAUUUUGGGGUCAACAUUGAUGAUAUUGACCUCAUCAGUGCCAACAUGGAGAAUGCGCUGGCGUCCAUCGGAGGGUUCUGCUGUGGACGAUCCUUCGUUAUUGAUCAUCAGCGUCUGUCGGGUCAGGGUUACUGUUUCUCAGCGUCUCUUCCACCCAUGCUGGCUGCUGCUGCUAUUGAAGCCCUCAACAUCAUGGAGCAAGAUCCAGGCCUUUUCAGGGUGUUAAGGGAUAAGUGCAAACACGUCCACAAAGCACUCUCGGCCUUUGGGCCUUUUCAGGGUGUUGUCAGUUAUAAGUGCAAACACGUCCACAAAGGCACUACAAGGAGUUUGGACAGACAGAUCGCACUCACUUUGGCUCGAUACCUGGACAAAGAAGAGCGUUUUCUUCCACCGCCGAGCAUCAGAGUCGUGGUGACUGUUGAGCAGACGCAGGAGGAGAUCGAGAGAGCAGCGCAGUGCAUUCAGGAAGCAGCCGAGAAGAUCCUGAAAUGACGAGAGUUCAGUGAGAGCCAUGAUGGUUCGGUGACCUUUGACCCUGGAGACCUCGAAUGGAUGAAUACACUGAUUGUAUUAUAUAAAUCUUCU